GCUAAAACAUAUCCAGGAGCUCCAAGCGCAAAGAGGGGAGGCAGGGAGAGGGGAGAGGGGUUGAAAGCCAUGAAAGACCACUGGCUCGACAAUUCGAUUAAGUUAAAUAGAUCAUUGUAAAGUGAAACAAUAUAAAUGUAACUAAAGAAAAGCAAUCCUCCCUCUCCCAAGUCUUUCAACUUCAAACUUUAGCACGUUUAGUUCAUUUUAACACAUCUAAGGAUUUACCUAUCAACAAAUUAUGCGCGUCUACGACGAUUCUAGAAGUUCAACACAAGGAAAGGAUCUACCGUCACCGUUUUGCGCAUCUGUGGAGUUUGACAGAUGGAUUUAACAGCGCCUGACAGAGAUUGAGCCGUUCGUUAUUGUUGAUUUUUAAAGUCACAUCGGAAAGUUUGAUAAGUUAGUGGUAAUUGCAUUAAGAUGAGCGGAGGUCGCUUUGAGUUCGAUGAUGGCGGAGCUUAUUGUGGAGGCUGGGAGGGAGGUAAAGCGCACGGGCACGGGAUCUGCACCGGACCUAAGGGACAAGGAGAGUUCUCCGGUUCCUGGAAUUACGGGUUCGAGGUGGUGGGAGUCUACACCUGGCCGAGUGGAAACACUUACGAAGGGUAUUGGUCCCAGGGAAAGCGUCACGGUCUAGGUGUGGAGACCAAGGGACAUUGGAUCUACAAGGGAGAGUGGACGCACGGGUUCAAAGGCAGAUACGGGACGCGCAUCAGUCAGGCCAGCGGUGCCAAGUACGAGGGCACUUGGAAUAACGGACUGCAGGAUGGUUACGGCACCGAGACCUAUGCGGAUGGCGGUACCUUCCAGGGCCAGUUCACUGGCGGCAUGCGACACGGCUAUGGAGUACGUCAAAGCGUUCCCUACGGCAUGGCAGCGGUGGUGCGUUCUCCUCUGAGGAACUCUCUGAGCUCCCUGCGCAGCGAACACAGCAACGGGACGCUCCUGCAGCAGGACGUCCCAGUCAUCACCGCCACCAAUGCGUCCGGACAGGAGACUCUGGUCAACACGCCCAUGCCUCUGGGCCCAUCUCGUGGUGGCUUCGCCCUCACCCUGCAAGUGGACCCAGAUGCGGUCAAGCCUAAAAAGAGAGGCCUCUUCCGGCGCGGCUCGCUUCUUGGAAAGCUGAAGAAGUCCGAUUCCCGCACGUCGCUCUCCAGCAACAAGAGCAAGAUCAGCUUUUUACGCAGUGAGUCAGCUCUCAGCUCGGCUGCCAGUGAUGCCAACUCCACCAUCAGUCUGGGUGAGAGCGAAGGGGAAGGUGAAGGUCACGAAUUUCCCCCGGUGGAGUCGGACAUUGACGCCACCACCACUGAAGUCUACAUGGGAGAGUGGAAAAACGACAAGCGCUCGGGUUAUGGGAUCAGUGAACGUUCUAGUGGGCUUAAAUACGAGGGCGAAUGGCUGAACAACCAACGGCAUGGUUAUGGGUGCACUACUUUUGCAGAAGGUGGCAAAGAAGAAGGCAAGUAUGUUAAUAACAUGCUGGUGAAGUCUGUAAAGAAAAAGGUGAUUCAGCUGAAGGGCACCAAGAUUAAGCAGAAAGUGGAGCGCAGUGUGGAAGGAGCCCAGAGGGCAGCCGCCAUAGCCAAACAGAAGGCCGAAAUUGCCAAUUCAAGAACAGCCCAUGCCAAAAGCAAAGGAGACGCCGCAGACCAGGCCGCCAUAGCCGCUAACAAUGAGUCCAGUAUCGCCCGUGUGGUUGCCAGAGAGCUCUCUCCCUCCUUCCAUCAACCAGGUCCUGAGUAUAUGAAAAAGCGAGCCUUGCAGGAGGUUGCUGAGAGAAAUGAGAAUGCAGACACAGGGAUGCACGAGCCCUUGUUAGCUGAGGAUUCCCUGCCAACACCACCGGAGAGCCCCUUCAUGCAUGAGAUGGAAAGUCUAAGACCGAGUUCCACCUCUGCACGCACCCCCUCACCCACUCCAGUCAUCAUCCCUCAAGCACCCAGCAAGGAAGAUCCAAACCUCUUGAGCCCCGGCACCUGGAAUGGAGACAAGGCCAGUCGAGGCAGCGGUAGCAGAGGCAGCAGUCGAGCGGGUAGUAGGCCGAGCAGUCGACCCACCACCCCGUCUUCCACUACUGCCGUUGCUACCGCUCCAGAUGCUGCUCCGGAGGAGCGUUCUGCUCCCAGCAGCAAGGUCCCAUCCCGUAGCCCUAGCCGCCAGAGCGCCAAAGCCGAGCAGGGAUCGGACCUGGAAAUCAAAGCUCUGCAGAAAACGGACUCUGAGUCACAAGCAGCAGAACAUGCUCCUGCUCCUACGCCAGUAAGAACCAACCUCGUCCUCACCACCGAUGAAGAUGAACCACCUCCUGCCCCCAAGCUGUCCCCCAAACCAGUCACACCAGAGCCAAAGGCAGCUGAAGUCAAACAGAGAGCUGAAACAAGGGAGCCUGUAAAUGAGCGCCCAGCUUCAAUGACGGAAAGCAAGCCUGAGUCUAGGACAGAAGUCAGGGAGGAGAAGAAAUUAACCAACAGAAUUGAGCCUAAACCUUCACCCAAACGAGAACCAAGCCCUGCCCCAAAAGCUGCACCAAAGCCUGAGCCCAAGCCAGUGCCUAAACCAGAACCUAAACCUGUGGUCAAGCCGGUUGCUAAACCAGUUGCCAAGGUCGAGGCCAAAACUGAGAUGAGGCAGAGGUCUAUUGUGAAAGCCCCCAGCGAAAUGAGACAAGAGCCUCUGGAGCUAGAUGAGGGGCCAAACACGAUUAUGAUCUGUAUGGUUAUAUUCCUGAACAUUGGUUUGGCAAUUCUUUUCGUUCAUAUCUUGUCUUGAGAUGACAAAGCCUACGCCAAAACCAUCCAGGUGAAAGAAACUACCAUGGGGAGCUGUGAGGAUGCACUGCGCUCCAUUAACAGCUCUGUUGUCGCGUUAUCCAGUUUCAGACCAGCCCUCCUGAGCUACUCUAAAGUUGGUUGCCAUCCGUAAUUGGACCGAGUGCUCCCAAAUGAUCAGUGUGUCUCAGUGCCCGAACGUUAUAGAAUAAAGCAUUUGCGCACAUUUGCUUUGUUUGUGAAAGGUACUGCUGCAUUUAACAGUUCUGCUUAAGUCUAAUGCAGGUGAAACUGAAUCAUCUAGAAGGGCUAAUUGUUAUGUACAAUCACAAUCACGUCACACAUCCUAUAGAACAGGACAUGUCACGCGGCAUGUAACAUUCAUCUUUGGAGAAUAAACAAAUAGUUAUGACUUUACGAAAUGGGUCAAUCCUGUUUUUAUUCAAUGGCUAGAACAAACAUAACAUCCACUGGUGCACUUAUGCUUUAACACCAGGUAGUGUCAUGCAUCACAACCUCAGAUGCUAUAUGCAAAUGCACAUUUAAUGUCUUAAAGUCUCCCCUGCAUGACAAAGAGCGAUAUGGCUGAAAAAAUAAAAUAUGUAAUUGCUAUAAACCUUCCAGUAUGUUCCAUAAUGAAACUCAGUAUUCCGCAAUAUAGUGGAAUAUUUGCAACAAAAAGAUGUAAUGAGAAUGUUCUAAAUAGAAAUCUCUUGCUUGAGGUCUAUGAAGAUGUAACAUUGUUGAUUUUAUUAAGCUAAACCAUCCCUAUAGAGAGGGUCUCCACAAGUUAGCGUGGGAGUUUUUAAACAAGAAUCUAAAAAUACCACUAUUUAUUGAAUGGAAAAAAAAGAGGGAAAAAAAUGAUGCUGUGGCUUACUAACUGUUGUACUGUGAAUUUGUGAAGGUUCCUCAGCCUUUUUCUGCCUGUAUUAGACAAAUGCAAGAUACAAGAGAUCUGAGAAUGUUUAAACCACUACAAAUGUACAUGUCCCACAUUUUUAUGCAUGUCUGUACAUGAAUGUUUUUGUACAUUUCUAAAUUUUGGAUGCUAUCAGAAACAUUUCAUGGUUUUAGCUAAUGUAACCCUUAUAGUGUAGCGUAUUACCUCAAAUUUGAAAAGGUCUUAGAAAAUAUUGUGUUAACAGUUCAAAAUGUUAUUUAUUGAAUAAAUAAGGGGGUGUUAACAUUUUAUCUAGAAUAACAAAUUGCAAUGAUUCUGAUUAGGUGUUUACAAGUUCUAAUUCUGCCCCAAAAAUACACAUAUUAGCCACUUGUUUCCUAUAGCUUUAAAAUCACUAGACAUUUAGGUGCUGUUUUCACCACUUUGCAACAUUAAAUGUUUAAAUAAUUUCCUCAUCAGUUAGUAUCUGCAAUAUGACUUCCAAAAGCAUUACAUUUAGCUAAUAAAAUGUUUUCAGCAUGGUUGAUACAUUGCAUUACUUGAGGUUUUCCUGCAAAUUUCCCUUUUCACCUGACUGUUAAGUUUGUGUUUCAGCACUCACAAUCAUAAAUGGAGUCAUUAGAAUAAAAGAAAAUGCACCACACAAUUCAAAUAAAUGUUUUUCAACUGCACAACUGUCAUUCUCUUUACUUUUAGCAUUAGCACAUGCAUUCUUUUGUAUUACAUAUUCACCAUUAUCUACAGUUUGCAGUCCAAAACCACUAAAUGUCUAUUAGCACUGUGUAUUCGCUUGU